AUGAUCAGGACAGAGUCUCAGAGAAUGAAUGAAAUGGAGGAGAUGAUUGUUGAUUUUUAUGAAAGUAUAGAUUCUGUGGGAGUUCACAACAUCAGGACAGAAACAAACAAACAACAACCACUGCAGCAUACAGGAAGUGAGCAUGUGAAGAACAGAAGUUACAGAUUAGUUACAGUGUGUUUGGUGCUGCUGUGUGUUCUUCUACUGACUGCAGUCAUAGUGCUGUGUGUCCUUAUCAAUACAAACAAUCAACAGUGUCACAACAAAACCCUCACAGAAGAGAGAAACCAGCUACUAACCAAAUAUACCAACAUUACAGAAGAGAGAGACCAGCUACUAACCAACAAUACUAACCCAAAAGAAGAGAAAGACCAGCUAACCAACAAUACCAACCUUAAAAAAGAAAGAAACCAGCUACUAACCAACAAUACCAACCUUAUAAAAGAAAGAGACCAGCUACUAACCACCAAUACCAACCUUAAAAAAGAAAGAGACCAGCUACUAACCAACAAUACCAACCUUAAAAAAGAAAGAGACCAGCUACUAACCAACAAUACCAACCUUAAAAAAGAAAGAGACCAGCUACUAACCAACAAUACCAACCUUAAAAAAGAAAGAGACCAGCUACGUACCAACAAUACCAACCUUAAAAAAGAAAGAAACCGGCUACUAACCAACAAUACCAACCUUAAAAAAGAAAGAGACCAGCUACUAACCAACAAUACCAACCUUAAAAAAGAAAGAGACCAGCUACUAACCAACAAUACCAACCUUAAAAAAGAAAGAGACCAGCUACUUACCAACAAUACCAACCUUAAAAAAGAAAGAGACCAGCUACUAACCAACAAUACCAACCUAAAAGAAGAAAGAGACCAGCUACUAACCAACAAUACCAACCUAAAAGAAGAAAGAGACCAGCUAACCAACAAUACCUACCUAAUUAAACAAAAUGCAAAGUUAAAUCAAGAAAACAUAGAACUGUGGAAAUGUUUUAAUGAAAAAGAUGGUUGGAAAUAUUACCGGUUCAACUACUACUACAUUUCAUCUAAGCUGAAAAACUGGACUGAAAGCAGAAGAUACUGUAGAGAGAGAGGAGCAGAUCUGAUCAUCAUUAACAACAAAGACGAACAAGUGAGUGAAAGACCCAUUUACACCUCCUGUUAG